CUAUUACAAGAUUUGUAUCUCAAGCAGCUAGUAGCGUUUACACCUGAUAAGGAAGUUUGGAUGAAAGCGAAGGUGUACACGACGAUUGGAUCUACUUAUAUAAUUGGCCGCGUGUACCGCCGGCCGAAGAAAGGGAAGUUUGCGUCGCUUUUUCAAGUU